AUGAACCAUCUAUUCGAAAACAGCAAAGAAUUUUUAAAAAAGGAAGAUACUAAAUAUUCAAAUGAACAAGAGGAAGAAAAAGAAAUUAGAACUGUUUUUGUAGGUAAUUUACCGAACUCUACUAGCCGGAAGGAAAUAAAACGCUUUUUUGGAAAAGUUGGUAAAGUGGAAUCAGUUCGAAUUCGUUCUUUGGCCUUUUUGAAUCCUUCUCAGCCCAGAAAAGUUUCCUUUAUUAAAAAGGAGCUGCACCCAGGGAGAUCCUCCUUCAACGCUUAUGUGGUGUUCAAAACUGUUGAAGAUGCGCGGAACGCAUUACGCCUUUCUAACAGUUUACUUGGAGAAAAGCACAUCCGCGUGGAUCUUGCCGCUAACAAACCGAAUGACACUUCCAAAACCAUCUUUGCUGGCGGCCUUCCUUUUAGUAUAGAAGAAGAAGAAGUCAGAAAAUUGUUUAACGACUGCGGCAUUAUUGAUUACGUUCGGAUUGUGCGAGACAAAAAAAUAAAUAUUGGGAAGGGAUUUGCAUUUGUAAAGUUUAUGGAUAAGGGAUCUGUGGAUCUAGCGCUUCGCAGGCACGGUGCAAUGUACCAUGGCCGGAAGAUACGCGUUUUCAGGGCGUUAAAGACCGAACGGUUAAACAAAACGAAAGAAAACUCUUUUAAAGGAUUAGAAACAAAGAAAGUGCUUUUAUCAGGAGCAGAGCGAAGAAUAGCCAAUAAAAAAUUUAGAAUUAAACAAAAAAAAUGA